UCUCUCCCUGUGUGUGUGUGAGAGAGAGGGUGGGUGUUUGUCUCCUUGGGCUUGCGCUGUUGUGUAUGUGCACUUGUAAUUCAAUCCACUCAUACUCUACUCGGUAGAGGAGCCAUGGCGGCCUCCCACUACUGCGCUCUCUCCCUCUCCCCCAUCCUCUCUUCUCGCUACCAUCGUUACUGCGUCGUCCCUCACUCUCUCCCACCCUGCUCCGCACUCUCCCCGCCUUCCCCCCGACGCCAGCAGCCCUGCCUCAAACUGGGCGUUGAUGAUCAGGCUCCCAUCUCCCCUUCGAAAUUGCACAUCUCUCAUGAGCAAUUGUUACAGUUUGAGAGAGUGGGGCAUGUCUGUGUGCGGAAGUUGUUUGACUCUCAGGAAAUGGGAGGUUUGAUCUCGGCAGUGACCGAUGCAGCUGCUCGGGAGAAGCUGAACGCUUACAGACACAGGGUGGCAGUGUUGUGCCCUGGUGUGGAUCCCUUCUCUUUGCAUUCCAUCGCUGAGGCUGAGACUGUGAUUCGCGAACAGGGGACAGAUGAACUGGGUUUCCUACAAAACUUCAAUCUGCAUCAGAAGUCGCAUCAAGUCAGACAGUGGGCGAGUCAUCCCCGUAUGCUGGCCAUGGUAGCUGAACUGCUAGGUGCACAAAGGGUGCGGCUCUACCAGGACUGUCUGUUCCAGAAGAUGCCAGGGUUUGGGGUUACCAAUUGGCACUCGGAUCUAAACAUGGUGCCCCUGGAUACCAAUUCAUUUCUCACCGUCUGGAUUCCUCUCCGCUCGCUCGCCAAGACAGACUCUAGCCUCCAUUUCGCAUCAGGCUCUCACAGAGAUUUCGCACUGGCGUAUUGGCAGAACAACCAGGGAAUGGCCAACCUUGAGAGCAGGGGCUAUCCUGUGGUAGAUUACCCCUGCAUGACUCUCGGUGAUGUGAGCAUACACCAUGGGUGGACUUUACAUUGGGCUCCAGGGCAACCAGGAACUGGCCCAGCUCGUGCAGCAUGGACAGUGAGCUACUUUGCAGAUGGGGCAAAAGUGCUGGCGACUCGGCAUACGAGACGAAAGCUGCAAGACGAGGAUGGGUGGAGUUACCAGGCAUGGCGAAAGGAUUUGAAGGAAGGCCAGGUAGCGAGGCAUCCGUUGCUUCCAGUCGUGUACCCAAUCACCAUAGACGACUCAAAACAGCAACGACGUGGAACAAAGAAGAAAUGAAUUACUUCAUGUAAGUCGGCUCUUUUCUGUUAUCAAGAUAGACUUUUCUGGAAAUGUUGUUCAUGGAGUAGUAUAGCAGGUUGGAUCAAGCGGCAGUGAUAUUCUUUUUAUAUUAUCUAGUUGUAUGUGUGUAUGAAAUGAAUUACACCGAAGAGAUACACUAUAUUGGUCUUAACUAGGUAUUCAAUUACGUGUACUGUUUUCCAUGUACAAUAUCGAGUUGAAUGAAGUAGUAAACACAGACUGGUGUGUUGCCACAUUUCUAAGAA